AUGUCAAGGCUACUUGUUUUGAGAGUCAGUGCUUUGAUAUCCCUCAGAACUGGUUCGACAAUCUUUUAUACUACAACAUUUGUUUUAGGAGCCUUGAAAACUCCUAAUUACAGCGAAAACGCCAUUAACGUAUCAGAUGCGUACUGUUCAGGUCCUUCAAAUCAUUCCUACAUCUCUCCGACAUUACACCCCGACACAGUAACUACAACUUAUAAAGCCAACCUCCCUUCUUCCGACAAACCCGUCUCUGUUUCGCUCACCUGGUCGGAUAAUCUCACCGUCGUGAUCUCCACGCAAACGAAGUCGUACUCUCUCUCCCUCAAGAAACCAAAAGGGUCAAGAAACUUGACUUCUUCCUCGGGAUCACUCAACGCUGAGAUCAUCUGGGAUCUAACGGAGGCAGAGUACGAUAACAACGGGCCGGAACCAACAAGAAGAUUCUCCGUCGCCGUCGUGGUCAACUCCGAGAUCACCCUCAGAGUCGGCGACGUGCGAGACACGUCAUCGUGGCGGGUCUCGCGAACGGAGAGAUUCUCUGGAACUUGCUGGCUCUCAACGAAGGCUAAGUUCUCAGACGCUGGAGCCAAACACGAGAUUCAGAUCCAAUGCGGCGGAGGAGGUGGUGGCAGUGGAGGAGAAGAAGGGUAUUUAUGGAAAUUAAAACGUCCUGAAACGAUGUCGGUUUGGGUGCAUAAGAAGAAAGUGUUUGAGGUGAAGAAGCUGAAAUGGAAUUUUAGAGGGAACCAAACGAUGUUCUUCGAUGGGAUGCUUAUUGACAUGAUGUGGGACUUACACGACUGGUUCUUCAGAGAACCGGCGUCGUUAUCUUCCACUUCGUCGUCAUCGUCGUCUUCUGCCUCAUCGUCUUCUCCUCCGUGUGCUGUGUUUAUGUUCAGGAGGAGGAGUGGAUUGGAUAGUAGAUUGUGGCUCGAGGAAGACGAAGAAGAGAACAAGAAGAUUGGAGUAAGAGAAGCCAAAUCGUUCUCUCUUGUCAUUUGUGUCUCUAAAAAGUAAAAAGUUAACCCGAAAAAACUUUCUUAUUACUGAUGCACUUACGUUAACAUUUUUGUUUCCCAUGCAUGCUUUAACUUUGACAUAACUCUUUGUUCUGAUUUUAAUUUUUUUUCAUGAUAUUUGAAGUAGAUCAUCACUCAUAUUCACUCUUCAACUAACUUAGCACAAACUCCUCUUGCCAUAAAAUGGCUUACAACUUCUCUUCUCCUUCAUCAAACUCAUCACCCAUCUCUCCUCAAAACCCUAAUUCUCAUCAUCAAUAUGCCAGGAACCUCCAAAGAAAAUAGCUGUCACCACCCUUUGUACAAGGGAUUGAGACAACGAAAGAACUCAGACAAGUGGGUUUAUGAAAUCCAUGAGCCGAGAAAACCUAACCGUAUUUGGUUAGGAACAUUCUUGAUCCCCAAGAUGGCGGAGUAACGUGAGAGUUCGAAAAAUCACUUCGCAAAUAAUAGUAUAUAUAUAUUGUUUUAAAAUUGAGUAUUUCACAAUUGUUUUAAUUUAUUUUAAUAUUAAGAAACUGAGUAAAUCCCACCGAUGUUUUUUUUUAACUGACCAACUUUGAUGUUUCAAUAUAGAUUAUUUUCUCAUACUGGUAACGUUUGAAUUUGUUUUCAAGCACUAGAGACGCUUGUCAACUACACAAUGCACCCGAAUCUAUACAUAAAAUAGUUUAAAACAACAUAUGUUUCCAAAGAAACAGUUUAUUUAACAAUAACAAUUGACAAAUUAGAACCCUUUGAUAUGUAUGGAAGAUAUUAAUUAAAAAAAAAU